AUGAGGGUGAUGUUAUCGGGAUUGAAUGGAGGAGUGAGCCAAGGGGUGGACGGCCAUAGCAUCAACAGGUGCACUAUGAAUGGGCGGGCGCGCGGGGAAGCCGCAGUGUUGGGAGCAGUGGCACAACCAUCUGAAGAGGGGCAUAAAGAAGCUCAGCCUUUUAUAUGCUCCCCGUUCUUUCCCAUUCCUCCUGCGUUUCCGGCCUGGUUUGCUUGGCGAUCGCAGGAAGCGUGGACGGAGGAGGAAGAGCGGGCUUUCGUGGAGGCUCACAAGCGGCUGGGCAACAGAUGGGCUGAAAUCGCAAGGUUAUUACCAGGAAGAACAGACAACAGUGUGAAGAAUCACUGGAACUCAACAGCCCGGCGGAAGGAGGAGAUGGGGCGAGGAGGGGCAGAGGGCAAGGGAAACGGAAGGCCAGGCAGUGCCGGGAGUGGUGGUAGUGCUGGGAGUGGUGGGAGUAUGGGUGGUGGUGGUGGUGGUGGUGCAGGGAGUGUGGGCAGGGGGGGGUAUAGUGGGCGAUCGAACGUGCUCCUGCGGUACAUCCAGUCGCUGAAGCAGGGGGGGCGGAGCGAGAGCGGAGGGGGAGAGAGCAGAGGAGGGGAGGGCGGAGGGGGGGAGAGCAGAGGGGGGGAUGUGGGGAGCAGAGAGAGGGAGAGAGGGAGCAGAGUGGGAGAGCAGCAGAGCAGCAGAGGGGGAAGGAGCGAGAACAAAAGGGGGGAGAGGGAGAGGAGUAAUGGGAAAGAGGGCGAUGAGGAAAUCAGAAGCGUUGGUAAAGGAAGGAGGGAGAGGAGAGAGGAGGGGAGAAGGAGGGAAGGAGGAGAGAGUGUGGGGGAAUGGAGUGAGAGGGGGAGAGUGAGAACAUUGGACGAUGGAGACAUGGAGGCUUUUGAUUUCUCUCAGAAAACCACUGGAGACAUGGCGGUGGUGGUUGACAUGGUGUCAAGUGGAGACAUGGCGAUGGUGGUUGACAAGACUCAUAAGUCAAGUGGAGGCAUGGAGCAUCGAUACCAGCAGCAGCAGAACGAGCAGCAGCAGCAGCAGCACCAGCACCAGCACCAGCACCAGCAGCAGCAGCAGCAGCAGCAGCAGCAGCAGCAGCAGCAGCAGCAGCAGCAGCAGCAGCAGCAGCAGCAGCAGCAGCAGCAGCAGCAGCACUGCCACUUCUACCAAUCAAAUAGGAAUGUGUUCCCCCAUCCCUCCUCACCGCUUCCUUCCUCCACAGUCCUUCCUCCCUCAUCAUUCCUUCCUCCCUCCUCACCUCUUCCUCCCCAUGCAUCCCCUCCCUCAACUUUAACUCCUGCUCCUCUCUUCCCACUGGCCCAACAUUCAACAAUACACCAGUCCACUAACUAUAAUCAUUCCCCCACACCACACUCACCUCCUCCUGCUCUCUCUCUCUCCCUCGCCCACACUGCCCCUAAUCCCUCUCAUCCUCACCAGCCGCCCCCCCCGUUUCCCCCACCAUCUAAUUCUCACCUCCCCUCAUCCUCGUUCUCACUCUCCCCCUUUUCGUCGCCUCAAAAGUCAACUUUUCCUCCACCGUCUAACCCUGACCUCCCCCCAUCUUCUUCAUUCUCACUCUCAUCCUUCAAGUCAGCUCAAGCUUCACCCCCGCUUCCCCCACUGUCUAACUCUCACCUUCCCUUAUCUCAUUCACUCUCACUCUCCUCCUUUAAGCCAAUUCAAAAUUCACCCCCGCUUCCCCCACCGUCUACCUCUCACCUCCCCUUAUCUCAUUCACUCUCACUCUCCUCCUUUGAGCAGACUCAGAAGUCAACCCCUCCUGAGCCAUCCACCUCUCACCUCCCCCUAUCCACUCUCUCGCUCUCCCUUUUCGAACCCACGCAUACUUCAGCUUUCUCUCCCUCUUUAAAAGGAGAGCAGAAUCCUCAUAAUGCGCCUGCAACAGUCCGGGAGGCAGCACACAAAGCGCACAACCGGUCCCUGUUAGCGUCACGGCUGAUGCGAUCGCUGGGAGCAAAGAGGGCCAGGAGGCAGAGUGAAGGAGGGGUGGAGCAGAGGCAGCAGCAGCAGCAGCAGCAGCAGCAGCAGCAGCAGCAGCAGCAGCAGCAGCAGCAGCAGCAGCAGCAGCAGCAGCAGCAGCAGCAGCAGCAGCAGCAGCAGCAGCAGCAGCAGCAGCAGCAGCAGCAGCAGCAGCAGCAGCAGCAGCAGAAGCAGCAACACAGGACAACAGAAGCGUAUCCAAACAGCCAUUCUUCACAGGACAUCCCAACCAAUCCCCACAACAGCAAUCUCACUGAUCCUUCUCGAAACAUUUCAGCUGACCCGCAACCUGCCCCAAAAAGACGGUGCCUGCUCCAGCGCAGUGUGGCUGGGCCGCUACCUGGUGCUCCUGUAGCUGCUGUGGGUGGCACGUUCCUGCUGGUUGGCGAACUGAGCCUCACUCUUUCAGCAGCGGUCCCGGUUCAGCCCUCCGAGGAAGAUCCGUACUUGGAGGCCGUCCGAACCUUGUACCAGAGGGGAUCCGCAACCCCCUCCAUCUCUUUUCUCCCUGAUGUUCUCCUCCACUCUAAUCCUCCUCCUCUUGUCCCCCCGGACAAAAUCACCCCUCCCUCCUCCCGCAACCAGCACUGGGACAGCGCCUACGGGCUGCAGGCGGAGAAUACAUUCCCCCCUUCCGCCAUCUCGCUUCCCCCGGACGUCCCCCCCGCGCCUCACCUGGAGGACUGUGAGGCGCGCACAGUCUUCCGCCUGUCCACGGAGAAAUGGGGGAAGCGGGGGGAGCCGCCCUUCUGGGCUGUACCCAACCCUGCAUGCGGCAACGUCCCCCAACCCCCCUGGAUCCGAGGCUCCGACGCUGGCAACCUGGCAGCCACCCGGCAAGCACAAGCAGACAUAUGGCGACAGCAGUUCCCGCCCAGGCAGUGCAAGGGGCGGCGGGUGAUGCUGGUGGAGUGGCUGAGCAUGGGGUGGCACGGGAUAGGGUCGCAGCUGCAUGUGAUGGGCGCUGUGCUGAGUGCCGCCUUGGGGUCGCUCGACCGCUACUUCUUCCGCUUCUUGUCCCAGGAGUGUGAGGAGGUCGCUCUGAAAUCGCCCCCCCCCGCCCCUCCCCCCUCCUCCCAAACAUACCUACCCACGCUGCUGACUCAGUUGGGCCACCGGGGGUCGCUCGAAUGCUACUUCUUCCGGCUCUCGUCCCAGCAGUGUGAGGAGAUUGCUCUCAAGGCACAAACCCUCAUCAACGUGUGUUCCCCUUGCCCUCUUCCCUCUCAGAGUUGGGCCACCGGGGGUCGCUUGACUGCUACUUCCUCCGCUUCUCCUCCCAGGAGUCUGGGCCACCGGGGGUCUCUCGACUGCUACUUCUUCCGGUUCUCCUCCCAGGAGUGUGAGGAGAUCGCUCUCAAGGCACAUCAGGCCUGGAGGGAUGCUGAGGAGAGGAAACGGCAGGCUGCUGCCGAGGAAAAGGAGAGAGAAGAGAAGGAGAGGGAAGAAAAGGAGAAGGAAGGAAAGGAGAAGGAAGAAAAGGAGAAGGAAGGAAAGGAGAAGGAAGAAAAGGAGAAGGAAGGAAAGGAGAAGAAAGAAAAGGAGAAGGAAGGAAAGGAGAGGGAAGAAAAUGAGAAGGAAGAGGAGCAAGGAGGAGGAGGAGGUGGCGGUAAGGGAGGAGAGGGAGAUUCCAAGGAGGAGGGAGGGGGGCACGUUGGAAAUGGUGUCGGGAGGAGGCUCCUGCAAGAAGCAAUCAAGAAUGGUAGUGCUGAUGUAUCAGAUUCUGAUACAGCUGAUGGCACUGGCAGUGAUGAUUCUGGUGAUUUUAACGAGGAGCUCAAAGGAGAUGUGACAAGCGAGGAUGUGAUUGUAGCAGAGCCGUGCGACGGUGUGUGGUGUCUGGGCUCGGAUGCUCUGGUGAUCUUCCCAGCAACGCCAGGGUUUGGGGUGGAUGGAGGGUCGAACUUCAUUUCCCAGCUCAAUGUGUCCGCUGCAGACCUCUGGGGGAAUGCGUAUCUGAAGAGCCCUCUGCCCAAAGAGCCUCUGGGGAAAGGCGUAUCUGAGGAGCCCUCUGCCCAACGAGGUGAUGGGGCGUAUGAGCAAGCAGUCCGAGUUUCUCAAGAAGGUGAGCAGUGUUGCUACACAAGGGAAGGAGCACACUUGAGCAGAGCAGCCGUCUCCUCUGCACCCUCUGCCCAACGAGGUGAUGGGGCGUAA